AUGUCAUCAAUUUUACAUAAAAAAGCACAGUUUAAAAAACAAUUAGAAGAUACAUUUAAAGACCAUCAAGAUUUAGUUAAAUAUAGUAAAAAUGUUUUACUUUUAAAUAGACCCAUAGAUUUUGGUGUACUUUUUAUAUUAGUAUCUUUUAUUUUAUACUAUUUUAAAAAUUUCAAUACAUCAGCACUUUCUUUUUUUAGUUUUUUCAUUUCAUUCAUUUUAAUUUUACAUACUAUAAUUUUAAAUUUUAACUUAAAAUCAAUUACAAGAGUUAUUCCAACUCAAGAUUCAAAAGAUAGUUAUGAAGAUAUUAUCAAUUUAAUAGUUAAAGUAAAAUUUGCAUUCAGUGAUUCAUUAUCAGAAUUGAAUAGAUUUAGACAUGUUAAUCCAACUAAAUUUAAUAUUCAAACAUCAAUUGUUUUAGGAGUUUUAGGUUUUAUUGGUAUAUUUUUCUCUGGAUAUACAAUUAUUGUAUUGGUUGUAUAUUCAACUUUACUUUUACCAUACAUUUUGUAUGGUAAGAAACCACAAAAUACAGGUCAACAAUCUCAAGAUCUUUUAAAUAAUAUUAUUGUUGUAAUGAAACCAAUCAUUGAAAAUAUAAUUAAAAUUUCACAACAACUUUUUACUCAAAUUUUAGAUUUAGCCACAAAUAAAAAACAACCAUCACCAGGUAUUCCAAAUCAAAAUUAUUCAAAUAAUAAUACUAAUAAUAAUAAUAAUAAUAAUACUAAUACUAAUAAUAACAAUAAUAAUGGUUUUGUUAAUCUUAAUAAAGUUGAUGAUACUAUAAAUAAAAAUUUAAAUUCAAUUGGUAAUAAUAUAAAUUCAAUUGGUUCAAAUAUUUCAAAUAAAAUAUCACAACAAAUUAAUAAUCAUCAUCAACAACAAGAAGAUGAACAACAAGAAGAAGUUUUUUAUGACGAAAGCAAUUUCACUAAAACCAAUAAUGGUUAUGUUAAUCAAUCAAAUCCAAUCCUUAAAAAAAGAUUUUAG